AUGGACGUCAAAUCGCUACCAGAUUUCCGAUUCUUCCCAUAUCCAGUCAAAUAUCCAUCUGUCGAGUCUAAAGAACUACUGCCAACAGAUGAUCCAAUUACCCUCAACACUUCGUCCUCAUGGACUUACUGCGGACCCCUCUUAACCCUCGAAUCAUGUAAUCUGCCAUCCUCUUUUAACACCUGGGCAGAAGCCACAAUAAGCGGCUCAAUAAUGCCCUCCUUAUUCUCCUUCCUGGCAUACGUCCACGAUUUCCUGACCAAAAAUAACCAGUCCCACUACUGGCUCACAAUCAGAGCAAGCAAAGGCUCGGACGAAUUCGACAUCCCACGCUGGCACACAGAUGAUUUAUUCUUCUCUCCCCUCCAACCACCAAUAAACCACGCAAGGCGUCAAUCACUCUUCUCGCCAAUCACUAAUCUACUCAAAUCCACCUGGGCAGCACCAACAAAUCAAGAUCUCUCAAUCCCAAUCUCACCCUCCAACCCCGAAACCGAGCACCAUCACCACCAACUUACAGCCCCAACCGCCCAAAUCCCCUCCAUAAGCCCGACCCCAACAAACUGGAAACUCACAACAACCCUCCUUGGCCCCGGGACCUUGUUCAUCCCACCUGCGACAAACCGCCUAGCACGCGCCACGCAACAAGCCGCCAAAACAGCCGCCCGCGCCGCAGACCCAGAUCACGUCUGCGUCUCUGUGCGCUGUGUCGGCUGCGCCAUGGCGGCGGAGUCGGUGCGAGAACAGCUAGCCCUUGAGCUGGGCGGGCAUGGGAUUGUGCAGGCGUCGGUGGGAGAGUGUGUUUUCUUCCGGGUUGGCGAGGAUGAUGGCGCGGUGCAUUCCGAGCCGCGAUCGCAUGGUGAUCGGGUGUUUGUUAAUGUUGUCCCUGGCCAUGAGGCGGACCUGAAGGCUCUUAUGGGGAAGUGGGGGAUGGAGUAUCCGCGGGCUUGGUGUGUGGGGUUGCCAUUGGUUAUUGGGGAGGGAGAGGAGUGUUUGCGAGAUGUCGGGGGUGAGAUUUGA